AUGUGGCAGGCGGGCGGCGGCACUGCCAACAAGGCGAGCGCGACGCGCGCAAACCUCAAGCAGGCCAACAUCAAGGCGAAAAAGUCACUGGGGCAGAACUUCCUAACCGACGAGGCGAUACUCAAGUCCAUCGUCGCCGCGGCGGGCGUCACCGCGGCCGACGUGGUGCUCGAGGUCGGGCCCGGCACAGGCAACCUGACGCGCUGCCUCGUCGCCACGGGCGCGCAGGUCAUCGCGGUUGAAAAGGACGACACCCUGGUGGAGCGCCUGCGGGAGGAGUUUGCACGGACUCCCAACAUUGAGCUGGUGCACGGCGACAUCCUGCGCGUGGGUAUCCCCGGGAUCCUGCAGCAGAUGCAGCAGCGAUACGAGCAGAAGCAGCAGCAGCAGCAGCAGCAGGAGCAGCAGCAGCAGCCCGAGGCCAGCACGAGCGGCCGCGGCGCGCCCGGCCCCGCGCCCGCGCAGGCGUGGCGCCAGCGGCCGGGCGGCGCCGGCCUCGGCAGCCUGAAGGUGGUGGCCAACCUGCCCUACAACAUCACAAAAGACUUCCUCAAGGCCACGCUGCCACUGGGGGGCGUCGUGUCUGAGCUCAGCAUCAUGAUCCAGCACGAGGUGGCCGAGCGGCUGGUGGACCCCACGCCGUCGCGGCCCGAUUACCGGGCCAUGUCGAUCUACACGCAUUACUACAGCUCGCCCAAGUACAGGCUGCGGAUCCCGCGCCAGAAGUACUUCCCGGUGCCUGGGGUGGACGGUGCCCUGGUCACAUUCCGCCUGGCGCCGCCGUCCAAGCGGCCCCAGGUGCCGUCCGAGCGCGCCUUCCACGCGCUGGUGGCCAAGGCGUUCUCGGAGCGGCGCAAGAUGAUGCGCAACAGCAUGCAACCCCUGUACUCGUCGCUGCAGGUUGAGGCAGCUCUAGAGGCCUGCAAGCUGCGGCGUGACGCGCGUGCGCAGGAGCUGUCGGUUGAAAGAUUUGUGGCGCUGCACUGGGCCCUGCACAGGCUCAAGGCGGCGGCAGCUGGGGACGGCGCUGCCACUCAACUCGCGGGUGGGGGCGAGAGCGGGCAGCUGGCAGGGACCGAGCCCCCAGCCGACGCGUUGUAA